AUGGCCACCAAGAGCGACAUGGACAAGGCGACAGAGCCAGGUCAUUUGACCGUCAACACUACUGAAUUACCCUCUCACAAUGGCACUGCUCUUUCGCCCAGCACAAGCGUCAACAGUACCGAAAAGACCCUUCAUGAGACCAGCGUGGAGCUGGCCAGGAACUCGGGGCUCUCUACGCCCAGCUCUGCACGGCACUUGAACCCGUUCGACACUGAUAUCGAGAGAGGACAGUCCGCAGACAACCUCAACCGCAAGUCGACACAGUUCACCGGAAGAACACUUCACGACCCCAACUGCUCCGUCUGGCCAGGUCAAAACCACUGGAAGCAAAAGGCAAAGGCUGCCAAGAUCAACAACCGAUCCUGCCAACCACAAUGGAUGGCCAAGCUCAGCAGGCGGAACCGACUCAUUGUCAAGCUCUUGAUUGCUGCUCUCGUGAUUGGCGUUGCUGUGGGCGUUGGUUUUGGAAUCAGCAAACCUCUAGGCGCCGGCAUCUGGAAGUCUCCAGACUCAUGA